AUGUACCCGGAAGAUGUGUCAGUAGAAGUCCAUAGUACUGUCAGCCUAGCCUGCACAGCGUUUGGAGCCCCAGCUCCGUCAGUUGUAUGGAACUCCAGUGGACUCCCUUCCAUAUCUACCAAUGCCUCUGGGUACACUGUGGAGAACCGAUCAGUCGUUAGGGUGGGGGCACUCUCUCUGGUCCAGUCCGUCCUACAUGUCUGUGGAUUCUCAUUGGCCACUGCUGGGAGCUAUACUUGCUCUGCUGAGAACUAUGCUGGAACCACCUCUGUCACUACCACCCUCUCCCUCAACGUUCCGACUGGGAUUGCAGUGGCCCCAAACGACACCAGUGUCUACGUCGGAGACACAGUUGCUCUGUCGUGCGUGAGUCAUGGACUACCUUUUCCUAGCAUAUACUGGACCAGAGAAGGCGAGCCUCUGAGACAACCAGUUGCCGUCAACCAGACGCGGAUUUCUGGAGGUCACGUGACGUUCCUCCAGUCAACACUACUCCUCUGCUCUCUCACACUCUCUGACACUGGGCUGUAUACUUGCUCUGCCUCCAACAACCACUCAUCAGCCCGGCAGACGUUCUCAAUCACCGUCAAGGUUCUGCCACAGAUUGUGAUAUAUCCAAACGACUCUGCAUUUUUUGCUGGGAGCACUGUUCGUUUCUCCUGCACCAGUUAUGGUCUUCCUGCUCCCCCUAUCAGUUGGUCCAGAGACUCUCUCGACCUCAACAAACUAUCAGUCAACGACACCAGGAUUCACAUCUGGAACGAGACGGUUGGAAUUGGUCCAACUUUGGUUGUUAGGUCUCACCUCCUGAUAUGUGGGACGGUGGUGGGAGACAGUGGCAACUACAGUUGUACUGCCAGCACUCCUGAGAGACAAGACAGAGCCCAGUUCCUAGUGAACGUCAUUGGAGUGCCUCCGACUCUCAUUCAAACUCCUGUGGAUGUGGAUAUAGUGGCUGAAAAGGGGAACAGUAUCGUGGCCGCCUGCAUUGCUUACGGGAAUCCAGCCCCUGUCAUUUCGUGGUCGUUACUACCAAGAUUUUCAGGGACCCUAUCUACUGAGCCAGACUCCACCAGUGCUACUGAAGUAAUCAAUACAACCGACAGCACAGUGUACACGAGGCAGCUGGUGGAUGAUGAUAGUGGAGUUGGGAUGGUCUAUUCUUCUCUGCUCCUCUGCCCCGCCCACCAGGGCCUGCUCGUCUCCAGUCUCGUCUCCUGCACUGCCAGCAAUGGAGUGAGCAGUGGAAACACCACCAAUUCUCACUCUUUCCUCAUCAAUGUCACCGUGGAGCCGCAGGUGUUGAAUGAGCAGACGGACCACGAGGGGUUUGUCACGGAGACAGUUUCGCUGGUGUGCAGAGCAGACGGCGUUCCACUGCCUGAGAUCUUGUGGCUCAAAGAUGGCUGUCCACUGUCCCGGACCAUCGAGGAGCUGCCCCGUUUCCAGAUCACGCAGCGUGUGGGGCCAGGGUUCAGACCCCAUGUUCUCGAGUCCGUGGAGAGUGUUCUG